CCGCCGGUGCGGCUGAUUUCGGUCACACACACACCGACCGGUCUGGGUCUAAGCUGCUGGUGACGGAAUUGCCGCGAAAGAAACGUAAGAUGAGUUCAAAACAAAAGAGAGGUUUCCGAGACUCGAUUGAUGAUGUGCUGGGUGACCUUCUCGGUGAAGAUGACGACUCGCCCACGAAGCCUGGUUACACAGCUCCACGAGCCGGCAGCGGCCCCGGGAGGCCGGCCAGGCCACCGCGAACCGGCAAAAGGUCAUUGUUGGAUGAUGAUUUCUUCAGUAAUUUGGCACAGGAGGCUGACCAGGACAAUGAGGAGUCGGAAGUGUCCGAAGCUGACCCUCAGGCUUUGUUGGACAGUAUGAAGGACAUCGAGGACAUGGACGCCGAUCUCUUCAGCAAAGGGAAGAAAGCCAGUCCGUCCCCGAGCCAGACAGCAGUCACAGCAUCCUCCAAACCACCAUCACCCCAGAGCAGAGCAGCCAAAGAUGUUCCUGGUCAGGAUGAGAAGCCAGUCGCUUCCUCUGGGCGUCCAUACAAGAAAUUCACCUUCAACGACAUGGAUGACCCGCUGGCCGGCAUUCUAUCCGAUGAGGAAAGCGAACCGAAUAAGCCGGCGAUUCCCGGGAAGCAACGGAGCGUUCGCAGUGCGGAGCUGGAUGUGACGAAGAAAGAGGAGAAAGUGUCCUCCAGCCCAGCCUCCGCUCCGCCCACGUCCACCCCUCACAGGAAAGAGGAGCUGACCUUCGAUGAUGGCGAUGACCUCAUGGACGCACUCGGGUUCGGCGAUGGCCUCAAAGCCAACAAGGAAAUGGCGAAGAGAGGCGAGGAAGAGGGACUGCGUCCUGCCCGAUCCAAGCUGGAUGAAUUACUGGGGAGAGGGACAGCUAGCAAGCUCCUGGAGCGUCCCCCGACUGCCGAGCAGAAGGAGUUUAAAUUGGAUCCAAAAUACAAGAAAACACAAGAAGAGAAGGAGGAGUUGUUGGACGACUUCACCUUUGGCUCUUACCAGCCCACAGUGGCCACUACCCCAGAGGGCCGGCAAUCCCGACGGCAAUCGGUCAGGUUCAGCCCGGUUGACGAGGGAGACUCCUUUCCGGAUCAGAAGCUGAAAUCAUCUGCUCCGUCCCCGCCCACUCCCACACGGCUCCGCAGCAGUAAGAGUGCGGGGGACUGGCUGGGCCUGAAGGACGAGGAGCCCCUCGACCUGGGGCCACAGAGAGGAACUCCCUUAAACAGGGCCGAGUCAGACCCUGCCCUGCCAGCUCCUGCCGCCCCCAGCCAGCCUCCCCACACAGACCGGCCAGUCUCCGCGGCUAAACCCAGCGUUGAGCUCCAACGGGGGUCCACACCGUCCACACCAUCUGCACCGGGGGGAAGAGAAGCUGAUUGGCUGGCGGGGGCUCUGGCCCGCAAGAAGGCUCAGGCCGGGGAUUCAUCGCUCGCGGGGCUGGGGGAUGGAGCUCGCGUCCAACCAUCUUCACGGGCGAGGGCCUCGCUCGGUGUUCGUGGCCGGCCGCCUGCUGAAGCCCCCUCGGAGGCAGCGAGCGAGAGGAGACCCGGGGAAGCCAGAGACACUGACAGCUCCUCGUUUCCCUGGGAACCUCCGCAUGGGCAGCCCACGGCUCUGCCUGCGACUGACACCCGGGCGGGUGUGAAGGCCUCAGAGACUCUGAGCCUGCAGAACCAGCUGAGGAUCAUGGAGGCCGAGCAGCAGAUGAGCCUCCAGAGAGCUGAGGCCACCAUCGUCGAGCUCCAGAGUCAGGUGCGGAAGCUGGAGCUGGAGCGAGAGCAGCAGGGAGUCCUGAUGGAGAGUCUCCAACAGCGACACGAGGAGGACAGCCAGCUGCUCGAGGACGCUCACAGGAAGCGGCUGAAGGUGCUGGAGGAGCUGUGGCAGGGGCGGGAGGCCAGGCUACAGGAGGAGAACCAGGAGCUGGCCAACCGGCACGUGACCCGACAACACAGCCUGGAUCAGGAGAGAUCCCAACUGAUCGCUCAGCACCAGCGCAGGCUCACAGAGUCUGAUCAGGAGAAAGCCAGGGAGAUGGAGAGGAUCAGGGAGCUCCAGCGGCAGUCGAUCGUUGAAAUGCGGAGAGACCACGAGGAGCAGCUGGAGCGCGUGAGGCUUCUGAAGGAGCAGGAGAUCGACGCGGUGACCAGUGCCACCUCUCACACCAGGUCUCUCAAUGGUGUGAUCGAGCAGAUGGAAGCCUUCUCCAGGAAGAUGAACGACCUCUCCUGCAAAGUGGAGAGCACUCAUCACAACACCUCACAGGAGAUCGAGUUCAACUCACGGCAGAGAGAAGCACAGCAUCGAGCCCAGCAGGAGCGGCUACAGGCUCAGCAGAGAGACUUGGAGGAGGAGCGAGUGCGUCUGCAGGAGGUCAUCACCAAGAUGGAGAUCAGGCUGAACGAACAGACGCGGCUUCUUGAGAAGGAGCGCUGGAGAGCAGUGGCAGAGCAAACCAAGGUGGAGUCUGUGCAGAGAUCGCUGGCCGAGGAGAGAAGGAUUAUGAGCCAGCACUUUGCCAUUGAAAGAGAGGAGCUGGAGAGGGCAAAGAAUGCCUUGCUGGAGGAGCAGCAGUCUGUGAUGCAGCGCUGUGCGGAGGAGCGGCGCAAGCUGGCCAGCGAGUGGGCAGAGUAUCACACGCAGCACAAGCUGAGGCAGGAGCGCGUGGAGCAGGACUCCCGCCGGGCACUACAGCUCAGCGCGCAGCAGGAAGGCGCCAUCUUCGGCCUGGCUAAGGAACAGGCUGAGAUGAAGCUAAAAGCCUCUGAAAUCAAAUCCAAAGAGGAGCAGCUCGCCAGAGAGCGAGAGGCAGUGGAGAGCGAGAGGCGUGAGCUGGAGAAAGAGAAGGAAAGGGUUAAUGACAUGGCAGUCCGCAUCCGGCAGAAAGCUGAAGAGAUAGAGGGUAUGAGCAAGAUUGCCUCUCAGAAGUAUGAGGAAGGGGAACGGGCGCUGCUACAGGCUAAACAGGUGGAGGGUGAGCACCAGACCCGACUGCAGGCCAUUCAGCAAAAGAUGGAGAGACUCCAGCAGCAGGAGGAACAGCUACUACAGCAGCGACUGAACCUAACCCAGCACCAGCGACGGCCAGGGCCGGCCGGCAUCGACACGCGGAUUCCCAGCGCCUCCCUGGGGCCAGCGGGCAGUGCUCAGCCACUGGCCAGCCUUCCCUAUUUUACCCCGGGACUCGGGAACAAUCUGUUUGGAAUGCCUGGGAAUUCUCGAGAAGAUGGGAGUCUUCAACCGGUCGUGGGAGCUGGGCCUUCGGAGCUGGAGGCCAAACUCGCUCUUUUCAAGCACACGGCUGCGAAGGACCAGGAUUUCCUUGAAGAUGAACAGUUAUUUCUGGCGACAUUAAAGCAAGCUCCGUACAAUACGCCGUCCCAACUGGCAUGAAAUCAGACGUGACCAGCACCUUUGUCCUUUCUGACCCUCCGGGAGGACCGCUCAAGUUGCUAUAAAUUCUUUGCAUACAAUCAAUGCUGUGAUAAUUGUACAGUCCUUUAUUUUGAAAACACUGCAAUGUAUAAACUGUAUUUUUUUUCCAUUUAUAAACCUUUUUGUAGACAACG